AGAAGGGAUUCCUGGUGAUCCAGGAGUUCAAGGCCCAAUUGGUCCACCAGGAGAAAAAGGAGUUCAAGGAAUGCCAGGGCCACAAGGUCAGAAAGGCAACAAAGGGCCGCAAGGACUACAAGGACCAAAAGGUGUGGAAGGAGAACAAGGAGAUGAAGGAGAAGCAGGAGCUGCAGGAAGAUAA